AUGUUAAGCAAAUUGGCCAUUCCGGGAAAAUGGUGGUACGGCUUUUCACGUAGUCGUGAUUCGGAUAACGUAUCAAGGAAAAUUCUAUCUCGGUCUCUUGCCCCCGUCCUAAAAGUAUGGGUAUCAUACUAUCAUCAUAACUUCGAUACCAACAUAAGCGGUUCAGAGUUAACCACUUUGAGGGCUUUGGAAAUUUACUAUCUGCUAGAUAAUCAACCUGUUAACUUGGGGAAAAUUAUUGCAGAGGACAUGGAUGCCAUUGUCCAAUCUAAGUCAAAAAAAGUUACGGGGCAUGCAUAUGUGAUACUUCUUUUGUGCAUGAAAGCUGGAGUUGAACCUUUGACAGAUGGAAUUAAGGUGAUUCCAUCCAAGGAAAUUGAUACCAUAUUGAUUGGUAAGAUGAAUGUGGUUUCUAAAACUGAGGAUGCAAAUAGACAAGGAGAAGGAAAUCAACUCAGUGAUAAUGUUCAAAGGUCAGACCCAUUGCAUGAGUUUCCCUCGGGAGUGACCGCCGCUUACCACUAUCACCACAGUAUGGACGAGGAGUCCUAUGCUCAUCGAGUAGAGAUGCAUAAUUCAUGCAGGAUAUGUGCAUAA